AUGGAAUGCAACAAAGAUGAAGCAAUCCGAGCCAAAAAUAUUUCUGAAAAUAAAAUGAAAAACAACGAUUUCGAAGGGGCCCGCAAAUUCGCUUUAAAAGCCCAAAAACUCUUCCCUGAACUGGAUAACAUUUCCCAAAUCAUAACUGUUUGUGAUGUCCAUUGUUCAUCUCAAAAAAAGAUAAGCAAUUCCCAAAAGGACCUUUAUGGAAUCCUUCAAGUUGAAAACUUAGCAGAUGAGGCAACAAUCAAGAAACAAUAUAGAAAACUCGCACUCAUUCUUCACCCCGAUAAAAACAAAUUCCCAGGGGCAGAAUCGGCAUUUAAACUCAUCUGUGAAGCAAAUAUGACCCUUUCUGAUAAAGAGAAACGGUAUUUAUACGACUUUAAAUGUAAAGAAUCCGCAAAUCCCACAAUUCAAAAACCGCAAAGUCAAAAGUCAAAAGCGGAUACGAAUGGUCAAAAGUCAACCUUUUGGGUGAAUUGCCCUUUUUGUCUGAUAAAGUAUGAGUAUGAUCAAGCAUUUUUUACCAAACAAAUUCGUUGUCCAAAAUGCUUCAGACUCAUUAUGGGUUUUGAUGGUGGACCCCAACACCAACGGUCAACCGAUGGGUCAACUGGUGCUGGUGGUUCGAACCAAGGGUCGGAUACGGGUCAACCCGGAAAACAAGAGGUUGAGAAAACUAGCAAAAGGACACGGGUUGUUGAUGAAAAAAGCCCGGGAAAAAAGACAAAAGUAUCGAGUUCCAAAAUUGAAGAAAAGAAUGAUGAGGUGGAAGCAGUGUAUAUAGACUGUAAAGAUCCGGAGUUUACUAAUUUUGAUAAGGAAAAACAGAAAGAAUGUUUUGAAGUUGAUCAAAUUUGGGCUUGUUAUGAUCCGAUUGACGGGAUGCCAAGAUUCUAUGCACAAAUCCGAAAAGUUUUUAAAUCCGGGUUUCGGGUACGGAUCACUUGGUUAGAAGCGGAUCCGCAUAACCCGCCCGAGGUUAAAUGGGCCGAAGAAGGAUUACCGGUUGCUUGUGGUAAAUUCGUUCGUGGUGAAACCGAGGAAACACAGGACUCUCUCAUGUUCUCUCACCGGAUCGCGUUUUCAAACGGGAAAAAACGGUUUUCGUAUUUUAUUUACCCUAAAAAAGGUGAAAUUUGGGCUCUUUUUAAAGAUUGGGAUAUAAAUUGGAGCUCAGAUCCGAAAUCCCAUAUGAAAUAUAAAUUUGAAAUUGUCGAGGUUCUUUCCGAUUUCGAAAAUGAAAACAAUUAUGGUGUUGUUGUUGCUAGUAUGGUGAAAGUAAAAGGUUUUGUGGGCUUGUUCCAGAGAACAAACCCACCACAGCUCGUUGGGCGGAGGAUUCCGCCCAACGAGCUGUUCAGAUUCUCUCACCGCGUCCCGUCAGUAAAACUGACGGGCACAGAACGAGCAGAUGUCCCUGUCGGAGCUUUUGAGCUCGACACCGCGUCUCUCCCGGAUGACCUAAACGAAUUCUAUAACGAACCGACAAAAAACGAAGAAUUUUCGUGUAUUCAUGAUUUUGAAUCGGAUAGGAGGAGUUGGAAGUUUCGCGAGGGUGAGAUAUGGGCGAUUCGUAAACCCGAGGACCAAAAUCGUGAAAGUGAGGUUGUUGAAGUUGUUGAGAGAAAUGGAGAUAUGAUAAAGGUUAUAUGUCUUUCACGUGUGGAUGGUUAUAAGUCGGUUUUUAGGGCUUCUGAGGUUGAAAAGUCAAAAUCUAGGGUUUUGGAGAUACCAUGUGGUGAGUUUAACAGAUUCUGUUAUCGGGUCCCGGCUUUUCUGUUAACAGAUGAGGAAGAUGGGAAGUUAAGAGGUUGUUGGGAGCUUGAUCUUUCAUGUGUUUCAGGCGUUUCAGUUGCUUUUUGGUGAUCAAGUCUUAAAAUUUUUGGUUUAGUUUUUAGGUCGCAUCAAAAGCUAGUUCUAAAUAUAAAUAUAAUAGUUUAUGGUUUACAUUAUCUAAUUGUAUGUUGGUUUAAAAAAUGAACAAUAUAACAUGUUAAGUUGUUAAUCUUUAUACUCAAAAGCGCAUUAAAGUAAUUGUUAAGUG